GACGAACAAUCCCGCAUUAUUUCAAUUCACAUUGAAGAAAUCUCGCUUUUGUUGCGUAUUUAAUAAAGUGCAUCCGAAUAAAAGACUUAAAGGUAGGUCUGUUAUUCCACGUACCAAGAUGGUCCAUUCAUUUCAACUAAUCGUAGCUGCUGCCUUCGCUGUCCUUCUCGCACAAUCUCAAGGUCAAACACAGCCAACUGAAGAUGAUUUAUGGCAGAAGAUCAACCUUCUUCCAGUAUGUUUUGAAGCAAAAGGGAAUAAACCAGGCGAACUCACAUAUCUCUCUAGUAAUGUGUUAGUUGGUGCAAUGAAACUGGUCCAUCAAAGUGGCACUAUACGAUGCACUGCUAAUCCGGCAUAUGAUAGCAAAUGGGGCUGUAACGUACCCGGUUCUCUGAAUCUUCUCAAUGUGGUAGUCACAGACAAGCAUAACAACGUCGUGUACCCACUACAAAAAUACAUGAGCAUGAACCAUGCAGGCGGUCUCUGGUACAACCUCCCGUUCAUCCAUACUCUCUACUCCAAGGAACUGGUAUUCACCAAUUAUCUAGACCCAUUCUUUUUCCCUCAACACUCGACGCUGAAGAUCUGGUACGGAGAGGAUUUGAAAGACUAUUACGAGAGUGACAACUUUGGUCGAGUGUGUGUAGAUGUGUAUAUACAUGGGCUUUGAUCUGCCACCCAAAAGGCACUGGGCCCGAGAUUGUCAGUCUUGUGCUUAAAAUUCUAAAGGUUUUGGGUACGAUCGUUAAUUGGGGGUUGUAUGUUGCGUAAGUCUUUGACAAUGUUAAGCAGCCAAUAAAAGGUAUCCAGGCUUG